UCUCAAUAAAAUGAAAAAAUAUAUAUAUAAAAGAGAAAAAAAUCUAAUUCUCGUUAAAUUUUUUUAAGUACAGGGAUCAAUAGAAUCUUCAUAAUUCAAAGGAAUUUUUAUUUAGAACAAAGAAAUUUUGAUGUCGGCUUCUUCAUCGUCUGAUACCAAAAUGGGUAUCGGAGAGCGCGCCCUCUCCGCUGCAGGCGCCGCCGUCCUCUCAGCAAUCAUAGUCAAUCCCCUUGAUGUUGCUAAGACAAGAUUGCAAGCACAGGCAGCUGGAGUCCCGUAUCACCCUUCUGAUAAUAAUCUUCGAGGGCAUACUACACCCAAUGGUGAUAGAACAAUGUUCUCAAAUCUCAGAUGUUCCCCAUCAUGCACUCGUGGUGGAACCAUUUCCACUGAAUCGUUUUGUUCUCCAGAUUGUUUUCGGUACAAAGGAACCUUGGAUGUCAUGUACAAAGUUGUUAGACAGGAAGGGUUUUCUAGGUUAUGGAGAGGCACAAAUGCGAGUCUAGUAUUAGCUGUACCAACUGUAGGAAUAUACUUACCUUGUUAUGACAUAUUUCACGACUGGAUUGAGGAAUUUACAUCCCAGCAUUCUCCUACUUUGACACCUUAUACUCCCCUAGUUGCAGGGUCAGUUGCACGUUCUUUAGCUUGUGUAGCUUGUUCUCCAAUUGAGCUGGCAAGAACACGAAUGCAGGCUUUUAAAGAGUUCCAAGCUGGUGUGAAGCUCCCUGGAAUGUGGAAAACAUUACUUGGAAUUCUAUCACCCUUUAGGAGCACAAAGUACCUCGAUAAUGUGCAAGGUUACCGUUUACUAUGGACGGGCGUGGGAGCACAAUUAGCUCGUGAUGUCCCUUUUUCUGCUAUUUGCUGGUCGACUCUUGAGCCGAUUCGAAGGAGGUUACUUCAGAUGAUUGGUGAGGAAAGCAGUGCAGCUUGUGUUCUUGCAGCGAAUUUCUCCGCUGGUUUUGUUGCUGGUAGCCUUGCUGCUGCUGCAACUUGUCCCCUUGAUGUUGUGAAAACUCGAAGACAGAUUGAGAAGGAUCCAGGAAGAGCUUUAGGCAUGACCACGAGAAAAACACUGAUUGAGGUGUGGAGGUCUGUAUAUUCUACUCAUACGAGAAAGUUUCAUUAAUCCGUUCAUUUUUAA